AUAUCUCUCUUACAAAUCCAAGGGGAAAACAAAACCCAAAUUAAAUAGUUUUGUCGGGAAAAGUAGAACAUGUCGAAGAAGAAAACGCCCUCCCUCGCCAUUUGGUUACUCUACCUCGGUUUACUUUGGUUCGAUUCAUUUCCCGGUUUAGAAGCAGCGACCGGAAAACUAGCAUCGAUACCAGGAUUAUACGUGUUUGGAGAUUCAUUGGUUGAUGCCGGAAACAAUAAUUACUUACCAAUUUCCAUAGCCAAAGCUAAUUAUCCACGUAACGGCGUCGAUUUUCCUAAAAAGAAAGCCACCGGAAGAUUCUCUAACGGCAAAAAUGCCGCCGAUGUUAUCGCUGAGAAAUUUGGUUUGCCAUUACCGCCGCCGUAUCGCUCACUGAAAGGCGCAUUAAAAGUCAAAAAGAGAGAAUCAGCGGCCUUGACCGGUUUGAAUUUUGCGUCAGGUGGAGCCGGGAUCUUCAACAGUUCGGACAAAAAACUUGGACAAUCUAUUCCUUUGUCACACCAAGUGGACGAUUGGUUAUCUAUUCAUAACGAAGUGACGGGUAAGCUUAGACCAGCCGAAGCACAGGUUCAUCUAUCCAAAUCUCUAUUCAUUGUGGUCAUAGGCAGCAACGAUCUUUUCGACUAUUAUGGAUCGUUCAAAACGCGAGAAAAGAACAAUCCUCAACAAUAUACCCGAUCAAUGGCUGAUAAACUCAAAGAGCAAUUGAAGAGAAUUCACGAAACUGGAGCACGUAAAUUCCUAGUAGUCGGAGUUGCACAGAUUGGUUGCAUACCGGGGAAUAGAGACACGGAAUCGAACCUCCACGAAUGCGACGAAGAGGCAAACAGGUCGUGCUCUUUGUACAACGAAGCUCUAGUUAAGAUGUUGCAACAACUCAAACAAGAAUUGCAAAACUCAAUGAGCUACUCUUACUUUGACAACUUCAAGUCGUUGCAGGACAUUAACUCCAACCCUGCCCGUUUCGGUUUUACUGAGGUGACAUCAGCGUGUUGUGGAAGUGGAAAAUUAAACGCGGCUAGUCAUUGUCAACCAAUUUCGAAGUUUUGUCCAGACAGAACCAAACAUCUCUUCUGGGAUCGCUUCGGUCAUCCCACGGAAGCUGCAUCUCGAACCUUCGUAGACCUUAUGCUAUCUAAUGAUUCACAAUACUCAUCUCCUCUGACUCUCACUCAACUGGCCUCUUCAUGA